UUGUGCUAAAAUAUUUAAAUAUACACUAAAGAAGCUAAAUAAAAUAGAGUAUAAUAUUGCAAAUAAAAAACAUGAAUCAAUUGGCUAUUUUAAAGAAAAAGGACAUAACUAUAAAUUUGAUAGUAAAAACCUCUACCAUGAGAUAGUAGCGUCAUUCCUGUAAGAUAUUGUUUUACUCGAACGGCUUGAAAUAUCUCUGAUAAGCAUUUUUAAGUUUUUUUUGUUACUUCAAUUUUCCAAAAUCGCACCAACUACUAAAUUUUUAUGACUUUUAUCAAUGUGGUACAAUUAGUAGUACCAAGUAUUACGGUACGGGAUUAGAACCCGCAACCUAAGACGUCGUAGACACAAACCUUACCACUAGGCCACCAUGUACUUAUGAUUCAGAUACACUUUCAUAUAGAUUGAUAACGUGAUGUGUGUCUGAAAGAAAUACUGUACCGUGUCAGGAGGAAUACUUAAAAAUUAUUUUCAUAUCGAACUGGAGCGUCCAUUUUAAGAUGAUGAAUAGUGGUGUACCAAAAAAACGCACAAACUUGCGUAUCAAAGCUUUCCCCAUGACCAUGGAUGAAAAGUUAAUUGAUAGCAUUUGGCUUUUACUUAAAAAUGCUAUUCAAGAAAUUCAAAAAAAAAAUAAUUCAGGCCUUAGUUUUGAAGAACUAUACCGGAAUGCUUAUACUAUGGUAUUAUUAAAACAUGGUGAACGAUUAUAUACUGGAAUGAAAGAAGUAGUAACAAACCAUUUGGAAAAUAAAGUGAGAGAAGAUGUAUUAAGAUCUCUAAAUAAUAAUUUUUUACAAGUACUUAAUGUAGCUUGGAAUGACCAUCAAACAUCAAUGGUUAUGAUACGUGAUAUAUUGAUGUAUAUGGAUCGUGUAUAUGUUAAACACAAUGAAGUUGAUAGUGUUUAUAAUUUAGGUCUUAUAUUAUUUCGAGAUUUGAUUGUUCGGUAUGGAUAUAUUCGCGAUCAUCUUCGCACAACACUUUUAAAUUUAAUAAAGUUAGAGAGGAAGGGUGAAGUUGUUGAUAGGAUUUCUAUUAAAAAUGCAUGUCAAAUGUUAAUGAUUUUAGGAAUUCAAACACGUACUGUAUAUGAAGAAGAUUUUGAAAAACCUUUUCUUGAACAAUCUGCAGAAUUUUAUAAGUUGGAAAGUCAAAAGUUUCUGGAUGAAAAUAGUGCUUCUAUUUAUAUUAGAAAAGUUGAAUCAAGAAUAAUAGAAGAAGCUGAUCGAGCAAAACAUUAUCUUGACGAAUCAACUGAAUCUCGCAUAGUGGAAGUCAUUGAACAGGAACUUAUUAAGAGGAAUAUGAAAACAAUUGUCGAAAUGGAAAAUUCAGGUGUUGUUUACAUGGUCAAAAACAACAAAAAUGAUGAUUUAGCAUGUAUGUAUAAACUAUUAAGUCGUGUGCCAGAUGGUUUAAAAACUAUGUCAGAUUGUGUCAGUCAAUAUUUACGUGAACUUGGUAAAUCAUUGGUUCAAGAAGAAGAUAUAAAUUCAAAUGCAGUUAAUUAUAUACAGAGUUUAUUAGAUUUAAAAGAUAGAUUUACUGGUUUUCUGGUCAACUCAUUUAGUAAUGAUAAAAUGUUCAAACAAAUGAUAGCUGCUGAUUUUGAAUAUUUUUUUAACCUAAAUUCUAAAUCACCUGAAUAUCUUUCACUGUUUAUCGAUGAAAAGUUAAAAAAAGGUGUACGAGGGCUGACUGAAAUUGAUGUUGAGUUAGUAUUAGAUAAAGCUAUGGUAAUAUUUCGUUUUCUCCAAGAAAAAGAUGUAUUUGAGAGGUAUUAUAAACAACAUUUAGCUAAAAGAUUACUUUUGAACAAGUCCAUCAGCAAUGACAAUGAAAAAAAUAUGAUCUCAAAACUUAAAACUGAAUGUGGCUGCCAAUUUACAUCCAAGUUAGAAGGAAUGUUUAAAGAUAUGUCAAUAUCAAAUACCAUCAUGGAAGAAUUUAAAGAACAUAUAACCAAGUCUGAAAAUCGUAAUGUACAAUCUGUAGAUCUUACUGUAAGAGUUUUGACUACAGGAUUUUGGCCCACUCAUUCCCUAUCAAAGUGCAAUAUACCCCUAGUUCCUAGAAGUGCCUUUGAAGAAUUCCGAUUGUUUUAUUUGGGUAAACACAAUGGAAGACAAUUAACUUUACAACCUCAGUUGGGUUCAGCAGAUUUAAAUGCUAUAUUUUUUGAACCAAAACGAACAGCAGUUUCUUCAACUAUUAAUAAUAUUUCAUCACAGCCUGCUGAACGAAAACAUAUAAUUCAGGUGUCUACAUACCAGAUGUGUGUUUUACUGAUGUUUAAUACUCACGAAAAGCUUACUUUUGAGGACAUUCAGAGUGAAACAGAUAUUCCCGAAAAAGACUUGAUUAGGGCAUUACAGUCAUUAGCAUUAGGAAAACCAUCACAAAGAAUUCUUUUAAAAAGUCCUAAAUGUAAAGAAAUUGAAAUGAAUCAUGAAUUUUCUGUUAACGAUUCAUUUACUUCAAAAUUACACAGAGUAAAGAUUCAAACAGUAGCUGCCAAAGGUGACACUGAACCAGAGAGAAAAGAAACUAGAAGUAAAGUGGAUGAAGACCGAAAACAUGAAAUUGAAGCUGCGAUAGUUCGUAUAAUGAAAUCUCGUAAAAAGAUGACUCACAAUUCACUUGUGAUGGAAGUAAUGGAGCAAUUAAAAAGUCGAUUUUUACCUUCACCAGUUAUAAUUAAAAAAAGAAUUGAAGGGCUUAUUGAACGAGAAUAUCUUGCUAGAUCGCCAGAAGAUAGACGGACAUAUGCUUAUGUGGCAUAAAAAUUAUUAAUGUAUAUUCCACUGAAGAGAAAAAGUGUUCAUUUGUCUUCCUUUUCAGUAAAUUUAAAGAAAUGUAUAAAUUACUUAUAUAAAAAAUGUGCAUGUAUAUAGAUAUAUAGAAAAAUUUAAUUGGUUAACUAGGUUCAUACUGUUCCUAUUUCUAACGUGAAUGCUAUAAAGUGUACUCCAAUCAUUCUCAUUGUGUAUUGAAUGCAAUAAUAUGUGUAUUAUUAUUUUUAUAAGCUAAUAUUUGUUUAUUUUUUGAUUUUGUAAUAUUUAAUGCUUACCUUGUUUCAAUACUGAACACCACAUUUAAUUAUACUACAUAUUUAUUUAUUUAUUUUUGGAAAUAUCAAUGUUACUAUUUUUUUUUAAUUAAAUAACUCAUUACAAAGUUGGAACUUUAUAAAUGAACAUGUUUUCAAUUUUCAAUUUUAGAAAAUAUUAAAACAUGUUUAUGUACAAUAAUAAUAAACUUCCCACAGACUACUUUAAAAUAAAAAUGUCAUAUUUUUAUUUGUUGAAUUAUAAAUAAUAAUUCUAUGAAAACAUUUUACUAUCUCAAGUAUUAAGUAGAUAUUCUUUUUUAUUUACUAAUAAAUAAAUGACAUUUGAAACAUUUUAAGAAUGCUUAAUUGAUAUUUAAGGGGAUAAUAUGUGACUAUAAAAAAAUUACAUGUAUAUAAAUUGUAAUUAUUGUUAAUUUUACUUUUUGAAAGAAUUUUAAACUACAUAGUUCAUUUUAUUUAAUAUGUAUUAAUUCUGUCAAUGUAUAAAAGUGUACCAUAGUAGACAAAUGUGUAUAUUAUAUUAUGUAAGUUAAAAGUUUAAUAGAA